AUGCCCGAGUUUUGGAUAGAACGUGUUCAAAUCACACAGACUAUGCCAGAGCGUACUUAUAGAAACUGGGUCCCUACUGUCGAAAUUAUGCUCCAGAGUUUAUCGGCUGAAGGAGUCAGGGGACAUAGUGUUAGCUAUAGUCGGAACGAAAGGAUUAUCAACUUCUACAGAACAGUUGAGCUAGUCGGAACGAUUGAAGUAUGGGGAACUAUUGAUUUUAGUGUUUUGACGAAGAACCUUCGAGAUUUAGGUUUACAGACUGAGAGUGAUCGUAUACGCGACAAAGCCGUUGGGCAGAGGUGUAGUGCUGUCUGUACAGCGCGUAGAACAUACCAUGGCUGCUUGCGCACUCCCAACGUGCCCCAGUCUAAAAGCCAAGCAGCAGUACCUACGAGGAAACCCGCUGCUGUUCCGACCACGGGACCAAGCAUUUCUCGGUCAGCUACUGCUCCGCCAGCCGCGUUGACCGCCACUAAGAGCGUCCAAACGGAUGUUGCUGACGAGUCUUCAAAGGUUGUGCGCACAUACAGGUACCAUGUCCAGUUGGACAAUGGUGAACUGCCAAAACGCAUCGAGAACAUGCUCACUGAGUCAAAGCACGAAGGUAUUGAACUUUUCGAUGUGUCGCCCGAGAAGAAGACUGUUGAAGUGACUGGGACUAUUGAAUCUGAAGCGUUGACGAGGAAGCUUGAGGUAAUGGGCAUCGAGAUCGAAUCGAAGGAGGAGUUGACGGCGUUUGCACCAGUGGCGGAGGAGCAGGCUGCACAUCCUACUGGGGCAGCAUAA